CGAUCAUCUCUAAUUAAGUUUUGCAUAUGUUCAGAAUUGUUUUCAUUAUAAAAAAUGCUGCCACUAUCACUUUUAAAGACUGCACAGAGUCAUCCCAUGUUGGUGGAGCUGAAAAAUGGCGAAACCUACAAUGGACAUUUAGUUAGCUGCGACUCCUGGAUGAACAUCAACCUGCGUGAUGUGAUUUGCACUUCAAAGGACGGUGACCGGUUUUGGCGCAUGCCGGAAUGCUAUAUACGUGGUAGCACUAUUAAGUAUCUCCGUAUCCCAGACGAAGUAAUUGACAUGGUGAAGGAGGAUGCUCAAGCUAAGUCAAGAAAUCGUGCCGAGAUGAAUAAAAACCGCGGCGGAAACGCUGGUCAGAACCAGAAUCAGCGCGGUGGACGUAAUGGAAAUCGCAAUAACUUUGGAAUGCGACAAGGCAAUCAGGGACAGGGACAAGGGAAUCGUCCACUUGCUCAGGGAAACAAACCUAGAAAGUAAUGUAAUUCUAAUAUAGCGUACGUUUUACAAGAAUAAAUACUGCUGUCAAAGGCAGAAACAU